AUCUCAAAGGCUCCGUGGUGGCGGCGUUUAUCCCUAAUGUGCCCAGACUCCCUCCUCGCCAACAGGUGGAACCGGUGUGUGGGAUGAAUUUGCAUAGUCUGGACUACAAAACGAGCCCAGAGAUUUCAGAGGAUCCUCAUUUUAAUUUCACCGGCAGGGCGGCCAACUCCGACCGGAGCUUUGACCAGAGGCCUUUUUAUUUAUUUAUUUUGGGGCGAAACUUUAACACAGAGGAGUUUCCUGUGUUGUUCGUGGGCCAAUCGGGGCGCGGGGAAGCAGGUCAGGUAGAAGGAGAGGACCUCAAAGAGAGCGACAACCGGGCAGAGCAUAAACGCACACGGGGAGCCGCGGCUUCCAGCGGGCUGUCGGAGCUAUGGAGGCGGGCUUUGAGUCGUCGGUUCCCCGCAGAGCUGCGUGACAUCUUUCCACCAUGA